AUGCAUAAGCGCGAAGAGGUUUUCAAUCUCCCCCGUUCCGCAUCGGGCAUGAGCGAGGCGGCCGGUUCGUCCGAGCGCGGUGCUGUCCCGGUCGAUCACAGAUCAACAAAUCGGUUUUUGUUCGCUUGGAAUGAACCACACUAUGCGAACUUUAUGCUUCAUGCCAACUCAGAUUCUUCACAAGGUUUGUACACUGUGCUGGCGCACAGUUUGAGUCUCUUAGACGCGCGACACGACCCGCGCCUGGGAUUGCCGAUUGGAUCAUACGGUUCGAUCACUUCUCGAUCAUACAGUCUUGCUCGUGUGGAAGGUACUGCUCACGGAUUGUUGCUUGAUGUGAUUGGAUUACCGGUGGUUGAUAAAGUCACAGUAUUCAGUCUGACUCCGAAGGAUGUGCGUCCCGCUUCGCGAACACUUUCAGAUCCCGUCCCACCCAGAGCCAUUCCAUGUGCACAACUGAAAUUGUUUUGUGACACGUUUUUACAAUUGGUGAAAGUCUGGGCCACAUCACUCGCAUCGCCAAACUCCUCGUUGCUUUGGUCCGACGCAAGCGAUGCAUACCUGAUCGAUCACCUCACUCUGACGCUUCUCGCUCGUGACGGUCUAUCGUCUCUACUAUCACAAUAUUUGAAACGAUUGCGCCUCAGUCGUCGCUGUUUGGCCUGCAUUGUGGAUGAUUGUUUGUAUGUGGACAGCACACUAGGAGCGGAUCUGUUCGCUCGACUGGCUUCCCUAGCCUUGGACACAGUACCAUCAUUGAUCCACCUAGCCGUGGGUCUAAUGGAUGACCCAGGCCUGUUUGACUCAGCAACCGCUGUCGGUGUCAGCUCCGGUGCUCAAAACGUCGUUUUUCAUUCUCUGUACUCAACACUGGCUGAUCACGUUUGUCCAUUAGGUGGUUCGGAUAAGGUGGCUCUGACGCACUUUCUCCGGGGUUUCCUCAACGUAAUUCGGUCGGUGGUUCCCGAUCUUCACAUCAAUUUGGGUUUCGGUGUGUCUCUCUCCUCUGUUGUAAUACUGCAGCUGCAAAACUAUCUUACUUCACACGGGAUUCGUAAACAGCGUGCUAUGCGCCUGCUUCGUUCUCUAUGUGAAACAGUUCAAAAACCAGAACCCAUUGUGUCUGUGGCACCAUCUGCCGCAGAGACAGCACCUACUUCUGUCUCAGCCCCUGCACCUUCAUCGGCAUGCGCAAAUGUAUCUGCGCCUUCACCAGCUCCCUCGUGUACGCGGGUCCUCACCAGGCCAGAAACUUCGUCUGGCACCCAAUCGAACUUGAGCGUCCGCUCCACCGCACCUACCGCGGUACCUCCAGGCACUGAGACGGCCCAGAUCAGACCAAGAGAACCAUCGUCUCCUACUCAGCCAACCGCCGAAUCCACCAGUAACUCAGUCUUUGAAGAAGAACACAGCUCAACCCCUCCUACUACUGAUGAGGAAAGGGUACCCGUCCCAGAAAUCCAAGUCCUGCCUCAUUCAGUGGGUGCCAGCACGAGACGCAAUACACUGCUGGGUGGUCUCACUGGUAAGUCAAUUAUGUUUCCUCGCACUCAUAUAUAUUACUGA